UGUUCAAAGGCUGUACUCCGACCUCUGUCUCCGGAUCCUGUCGCCGCAGCGUAGUCGCGACUCCGUGGUGUGUGCUGUGCCAACUCUACGGGCCGCUUUAUUUCGCCGCGCCGAUAUUUGUGCCGCGGCGUUUUCCAAAUUUUCGAAGCUGGCUGUAUAUUUUCGUUUGUUUUCCAUUAGCCGGGUUCACAACGGCAUAAACCUGACCGUGUUGCCUGUUUUCCAUGCUAUGAGUAUAGUUGUAAAAACAACCUAACAGGUUUUGUCUUUUAUAAUUGUAAUCAAGCAUACGGGCAGUGGGCAUUAGCCGUGCGUUUUACAUCAUGUCUUCUAGUGACUCAUCUACUCCAUCACUUCUUCAUUCAUUCAUUGCGGGCGGCGCGGCUGGCCUGACUGUGGAUGUGUCGCUGUUCCCGCUGGACACACUGAAGACCCGGCUGCAGUCAGCAGAGGGUCUGAUGCGCUCUGGUGGUCUGCGAGGCCUCUACUCAGGAGUGGGCGCUGCUGCCACCGGAUCUGUACCGACCGCGGCGCUGUUCUUCAUCACCUAUGACGGGCUGGCGCGGCGUGCCUCGGAGCGGCUGUCACCGAGCUGGCUGCCGGCAGCACAGGGAGCCGCCGCCGCUGCCGGCGAAACGGUAGCCGCCGUUGUGCGCGUGCCCGUUGAGGUGGUGAAACAGCGGCGUCAGGCGCGUCCCGACAUCUCCGCACGCCACAUCAUCUCCACCACGCUGGCCGAGGAAGGCUUCGCAGGGAUGUACCGCGGCUUCCUCACCACCGUGCUGCGGGAGGUGCCCUUCGCAAUAUUGCAGCUGCCGCUGUGGGAGGCGCUGAAGGCGGCGUGGGGAAGGCAGCGCGGCCGGCCCGUGGAGCCCUGGCAGUCGGGACUCUGCGGCGGCGUGGCAGGCGGCAUAUCGGCGGCCAUCACCACUCCACUGGACGUGGCCAAGACGCGCAUCAUGCUGGCCGACCGGCACAGCCAGCUGGCGUCCGGGGGCCUGGUGGCCGCCCUGCGCAUCAUCCGACGCGAGAACGGCUUCGCUGGGCUGUUUGCUGGUGUGGUGCCUCGCGUCUUGUGGAUCUCUACAGGUGGAUCAGUGUUUUUCGGUUCGUACUCGCUUGUGAUGCGCCUAAUCAGCUGACCACUCGCAGCCUCGUUUUAGGCUAGUCGUGUUGGUCAGUCCACCGGUCGUUUUACCAGUGCAAUGCAGCUGAGUCAUUUGUGGACUUGUGUAGCUGCUCAGUGAUCCAACAGAUACUAUGUUGGGUUUAGUGCUUUGUGAUCAUAGCCGUAUCUGCGUGUUUUUGUCGCAGCGAUAUUAUGUUCAUUUGCCUGUCAUCACAAUGGUCAGCAGUGCGAUACGCUUACGAUGUUCUACAGUGUUGUGUCAGUCACGUGCAAAGCAGCGACCAUAAGCAAAUCAAAUAAGAACUUUUU